CACUGCACACAGGAGGACCGAAGCAAGCUUUCAUGCCCGAAAACGAAAGCCUAAGAAGGGACAAACACCUGCGAGUGUUGUGUAUGUGUAAAUAAUGGCGAAUACGUAUAGGGAGUCAGGCAGAGCAGGCCUGGAAGAUGAUAAAGAUUUUGUGGAUAUAUUGGAGGAGAGGAGGCGCAGCAGUGAUCUCAGCCAUGCCUUUAGGACAUUUAACCCCCACCCGUUUAAAGGAGCCACCCCUUGCUCCUCGGGUGACCUCAAUAAAGCCGUGCUGGAAUCCCAGUAUCUACGCUACAUGACUGAGCAGAUUGCCAUGGAGACGGGGUCAUCGGUGGAGACGGUGAGAGAAGAGGCUCGUGUGGUUAUGGAGGAAAUGUCUCAGAACCUGCAGCUGGGUUUUAUCAGGCUGAUGGGCUACACGCUCAGCAAGGUGUUCAAGAGACUCUUCUCCAGCAUCUUUGUCAACAUGGAGGGACUCAACUCGCUCCAACAGGCCAUCCAGGACAGUCCUGUAAUCCUGAUGCCCAAUCACAGGAGUUAUGUGGACUUCCUGGUUAUCUCCUACAUCCUGUUCACAUAUGACAUCCCAGUCCCAGUCAUUGCUGCAGGAAUUCCUCUUGCAGGAAUGAAGAUGGUCGGGGAGAUUCUGCGUCGCUCUGGAGCUUUCUUUAUCCGACGUGCCAUCGGCUCAGACAAACUGUACUGGGCAGUGUUGUCAGAAUAUGUCAAAACUAUUGUCAGGAGAGGAUUUGCUCCUGUGGAGUUUUACGUUGAAGGUUUCCGGAGUCGCACAUUGAAGUCUCUGACGCCCAAGUUAGGUAUGAUGCACAUGGUGCUAGAGCCCUUCUUUAAAGGUGAGGUGUAUGAUGUCACACUGGUGCCCAUCAGCAUCAGCUACGACCGAGUGCUAGAGGAGUCUCUGCUUGCCCACGAGUUACUGGGAGUCCCCAAGCCCAAAGAAAGCACCAUGGGUUUGCUGAAGGCUAGCAAAGUCCUGCAGGAAAGUUUUGGCAGCAUGCAUGUGAACUUUGGCCGUCCCCUGUCAGCCAGACAGCUGUGUCAGGGGAAGAUAGACCGUUGCCAGUACAACCUCAUACCCAGGGAUCUCCCUCAGAUGCCCACUCCAGAGGUCCAGUCCUGCAUUAACUGGCUUGCUCAUCUGAUUGUACGAAUCCAAGAGGAGGGCUCUUACACCAGCCCCUGGUCCCUCAUGGCAUGCCUUUUGCUCCAGGCGCCAAUCACAGACCUGACAGAAGCCGGCCUGCUGUGGGACCAGCUCACAGAGAAAACCCUCGGGCUCAAGAAGCUGGCACUAACCUUCGGGGCUCACCUGAACUGGCCUGGGCAAGUACCUGACUCUGAUGUGAUGUCAUCCACCAUGGCUCUUCAUCGCUCAGCUGUUCGGCCCAAAGCGGGGCGUAUCUACCUGGUUCAGGAGGAAGAGCCUGCGAGGCAGCAUCCAGUCACUCCAGAGGAGGGUGUAGUCAGGACAGCGGCAGCGGUGCUGAUGUUGGUCUCCUACAGGAAUCAGGCGAUGCACAUUUUUAUUCGCCCUGCUCUGCUCGUGACGGCAUUACACGUCACUAAGAGCACACAGAGAGAUGAGCUCUUCAGCUUCUUCUGCGUCCUACAGGACAUCUUCUCCAAUGAGUUCCUCUUCAUCCCUGGCAACUCGUCUCAGGACUUUGAAGAGGCAUGCUCUCUCCUGAAGAAAUGUGGAGCGGUUCACUUCAGUCAACAGGAAGUGACAGUGUCAGAGACGGAGGCAGGCCUGGAGGUGUUGUCUUUCCUGCGGGCACUUCUACAACCCUUUGUAGACUCUUAUCAGGUGAUGUUCAGGUACCUCUAUGAAGAAGUUCAUGUGAUCUCUGAGAAAGAUUUCCUACCUGCUGUGCGGAGCCUGGCUACAAAGCUCAUCCUUUCAGGUGAGCUUCACACCUAUGAAACCCUCUCAUCCGAUACGCAAAAGAACGUUUUGUCAGCUCUGCGGAGACUGGAGGCUGUGACAAAGUUGAGGACGUCUGAGCAGAAUGAAUACAGUGUUGACAAAGCAGCUGUCAGAAGGAUUGGAGACAUACUCUCUGGGAAAAUCCCUCCCCAGAUGCUCCAGACUACACCUGACGCAAGACUUUAGUCUCUAUUGGAACCGAUCCAUCUCAAGUGUCAGUCCCCGGUCUGGUUUACUCCUACUUCCUUCUGUGCCUUUAUGUAGCCUUCAGUAGAACUGCUACACCUUCACUCUGCACUCUGAGCCCUCAGACAAAACACUUGAUCCUGGAUGCCACCCUGGCUGUGUUACAUCAUUUGAACAUUCGCUACCUCUUUUCACCUCUCAUAGAACUAACAGGCAGGGCCAAGAUAAAGUUAAAAAGAUGGUGAACUGAUUCUAACAGUAUUAAGAUUAAGUUUAAUGCUCGUAAUCAGUAAUCGUAAUCAGAAAGACGGUAUUUAGAUAUUUACACAGCCGGCAGGUGAUGCCUGUGUUAAGAAACUGAAUUAUAACUGUAUUUUAAUCAUUAAUACAGCCUUAAUGUAUUUUUAACAUUAUAUCCUAGAUUUAUUCUUGAUUGACAAGACUGCAAUAGCUAAUUUAUUAAAUGAUUACUGGUAUAGAAAGUGCAAAUAAAUAGUAAACACUAAAUUAUGUUACUUGAUUGUAUGGACAUUUAUAUACAUGUAUACGAUAUAGAUUCAUAUAACAAUGUGAAAUACCAUAACCCACUACAGAUGUGAGGUUUCAGUUGUUUGAGACAUUUAUUUGAACUUCUUUACAUCUCAAUAAAUGCAAAAGAAAUGUAACAA